CUGCUUUUAAAUUAAACAUUAUUUCACAUAACUCUCGCGAAGAGCUCGCCUCACUAUUGGCGCCGAAACAAUAUGACGUCAUUCAGAUCCGAAUCCUCCUCUCUUUCUUCAAAAGUGAGAAAAAUCGAUACUGGGCCGCAAGCAAAACAUAUCCUCUUUCCGUUCCCCGGCGCUUUACGAACAUACAGACAACCAAGAUGGCCGCCAAAUCCCCAACGCCAACGACAGAUCCCAGUAAUAGCUGAUUUUUAAGCCACAGACAUGUCGGCUAAUUUAUUUAGAGUUCACAGCCGCUGAAGAAGCCAAAUAGCUGAAGUGAGACAGUGAUAAGAGAAGAGCAAUGGAGAGUAAAGAGAAUAUCUUGGCUAGGGAUGAAGUUUGAACUCUGCCAAAAAGCCACGUGUUUUUGAAGAGAAAUUAAAUCAUGGACAGUAGUCCGAUUCCGGCCAAAAGCAGGUUCAUGAACGCCCGGGCUUCCGGAAACAAAGCAUACAUUCCUACAGACCUGGAACACAUCGCAAAUGUUUUAACACACGCACUUUCAGUCAUUCCAAGUGUGAUGGGCCUUUUCCUUCUACUUAAACAAUCCAAUGACAGAUAUCAAUUUAUCUCUGGUUUUGUCUAUGGCGGCGCUCUGGUAGCUCUAUUCCUCGUCUCAACUAUCUUCCAUUGUGUCUUCUACAUUAGAAAAUUCAGGACUUUGAAAGAAAUUUUUCACCUAUGUGACCGUGCCAUUAUUUAUGUCUUCAUUGCCGCAUCCUACACUCCAUGGCUCAUGCUGAAAGAUACAGAGCAUAAUUUUUGGACUCAAAAUAUCAGUUGGAUUGUAUGGACAAUGGCUAUACUUGGAAUUGUCUAUCAAUACUAUUUUCACGAAAGGUACAAAACACUGGAAACACUAUUUUAUCUAGUCAUUGGGAUAACACCAGCAUAUGCAAUGUUUUACAUGCGUGAGCUAAGAGGCAUGUGGGAACUCUGCAUUGGUGGUCUAAUCUAUAUAAUAGGUGUGAUUUUCUUUAAAUGUGAUGGACGAAUUCCAUGUGCACAUGCUAUAUGGCAUUUAUUUGUGAACAUAGGAGCAACUUUUCACUUCUAUGCUGUUUAUAAAUAUCUAAUCGUGGCAGACCAAAAAAGUUGAAAAAUGGAGAAUCAUUGUUUCAAAUGUUUGAACAAAAAGCAUUCACUCUAGGAACAAAGUUGCUUGCCAGAUAGUGAUUUGCAUGAAAAUGUUUAUUGUGAUAGCAAUUUUUUCAAAUAUAAUGUCUUUUUAGAAGUACUUCAUUGUGAAUUCUUCAAUGAAAAUGUGAUAGCUCAAUAUUUUUUCUUUAAAUUGCAAUUAUUAAAGGAUAAGAUUUCAUAUAUUAGAAUUAAGGGAUUUUAAACAUAAAAUAAUAUACAUCAAAUUUUUUAAAAAAAACUAAAUGUAACAGAACAAAUAAACAUAAAAUUGAGGAGAAAAAAAGAAGCUAAAUAUGGUAUCUUAUUGAGUGAAACUUUUGUGAGAAAAUAACAAUAACAUUUUGUUUGGCAAAUAACAAUUUGGUUGACACACCGAACUUAAACUAUAUCCUUUUUCACGAAAUCAAUACCAUUUUAUUAGCUACAAAAGGCAGCAAUAUUCUUUCAUAGAAAUAAAAAAUUCAUUUCUUUAUAUUUUAUUCCAAACUAUUGAAAUAGGAAAUGAAUUUUUUCUAUUUCUCAGCUAGAUGAAAGUCCUGCACAAAUGCUGGGUGGAUGGCAUGAGAGAUAUUCUUAUGAAGAAUAAUAAUUAUUAACUGUUAACCCUUAUUAACUACCUAAUAAUGACCUAACUAAGUACACAAUUAGGUGGGUAGCUAUUGGGAGUUAAUAAGAAACCAUUAAAAAACAUCAUUAUUUACAGUAGCAAGUUCAAAUGGUUAUGUCUUGGAUACUGUAUGCAAAAUCAAUGUGAUUUUCAAUGAAUGUGAUUUAUUGUAUUAGCACUCUUACAUAAAUGUGAUCAGGACUCUUUCUUUUAAUAAAAGAUCAAGUCAAAUUUCAGGGUAAAUUUUUGCGCAAAUUGACAAUUAUAUUUGUUUUAAAGAGAUUUAAAUUAUCUAUUACUUUAAUUUUUUUUAAAAAAUUAAGUGAAAUGUUCAAAUACCCUUUUUUUGUUUGGUAAGUUGUUUACCUUUUAGAAAUCGGUAGGAACAGUAUUUGGUUCGACCAAAUGCUAAAAUAAAUUACACAACAUAGAAUUGUUAAAAGAAGAGUUCAAAAUAUAAUAUUAUUAACAUUUCUCUGUUGUAUAAUUUAUUAGAUAUAUUAUAUAUAAAAGUAUUUUUAUUUUUGUCUUGAAACACUAAAUUUUUGAAAAAAUUAUUUUAAUAAUUUGGAGGGCUUUAUAACAAUUUCCAGUUAUGAAUUUAAUCAGUGUUAGCAUAUGUCUGCAAUUAAACUUAAGAAAUUUCCACAAAACUUCCAAAUUAACCUGGAAAAGUCCUGAUUUCAGCACUACUUGUCUUUCAAUUAUUUUUUUUUUACACCAUAAGUGUAAAAUUAGAGGUAAUUACGAUACCUCAAAUUUCUGCAUGUCAAAAUGUGUAUUUAUUUUAAUUGGAUGUAUGAUAAAAAAAAUAUAACAAAAACAGUUUUGUAAAUUGGAUUUCUUCCAAAGGCAGAAGUGUGCCAAAUUGUCUAGUCACGGUGCUUUACUUCAAAUUCUAUGGGAUUUAAAAAUUUAUCAUAGAAGUAUUUAUUGCAAACGUCAUAAUAUUAAUGUAUUGUGAAUAGAGUAUAUUUAUUAGAGAGAUUUUAAUUAGGUGUAACAGGGUUAGAAUUUUCACAGCAUUUAUUGUAAAAUAAUCAAAUUGCAAAAAUUAUUUCAUACAAACUUGUAUAGUAUAGGAAAAAUACAUCCAUUCACUGCCAUAAACAAAAUUGUAAUUAAAUUUUAAUGUUAUUUACUUAUUCCAGAAGAUUUUACAGAUUUUGACAAAUUGUUCAUGUUUUUAAUAAUGCAAUGCAAAUAUUACUUGUUAUUUUUAGUAGGAAAUACAUUUGCAAAUGAUUCUUAGAAUUUCUUUUUUUAUCUUAUACAAUUUAAUUUGAUUGAUAAAAGUCAUUAGAAAAAUGUUACUGAAUAAAUUUCAUUUCUCAUACAAUAUUUCAAAAAUUACUGGAAAAUAAGAAACACUACUUAAACAUCUUAAAUAUACUAGGAUUUUUUUUUUCAAAAGCAAAAAGUCAAAUAAAAUUGGCUAGUUAACAUUUAGUUAAAAUAAAGUUUAAUAACUGUUCACUCACCAUUAAUGAAAUUGUAUGUUGUUGCUAAAAUAAGUUAUGAUAAAUAUAUUAUGAUAAAAUAAGUUAUGAUAAGUUGCUAAAAUAAGUAUGAAGUCUAAGCAUAAAUUGAGUUAAACUGUGAUAGAUUGAGUACAUUUAUUUAAGAAAUUUAUAUAACUAUUGGCAUCAACUUAUAGCAAGAUGUGUGAUGAUUUUAUAGUACUGUUGUUUACUCUAGUACAACAAAAGCAAAUAAAAGUACAAAAGUGAAAACAAUUUGUUUACUCUUAACUAAUUAUGACUAUUGUUUAAAUGUUUUUGAUAAAUAUUUGCUAUGCGAAUUCUUAUUCAUCUAAAGUUAUAUACAAAACUUUAAAGAAAUAAAAACAAACGCAAAAAGCUAAAUAUGGUAGAACUGCAAUUAUACAAAAUGUAGUCAUCUAGAUAGUGAAAAAUCAGAAUAUAUUGAGCAGUCAUUGAAUUAAUAUAUAUAGGUAUUCUUUGGAUAAUUUCAUCACAUUAAAACCAUGUCUUGUUUCAAUCUCGAUAAUUAGAAUUUGUUUAUAUUUUUAACUUUAAAAUUAUAAAAUGUUAAGAGUAAAUAAAUAUAAAUUUAAGUUGUAUAUAUUUGUAGAAUGUGAGAAGUUUAUGUAUACUUAUUUGUGAUAUUUUAAAUGUGUGCUUUACAUUCACAUUCCCUAAAAUAAAAAAAUUGUUUAAAAACAA